AUGACUACUGUAAUCUUCUGGUUGAAGGUCCUUGAUGCCCGAGAUCCUCUGGGCAGUAGAAGCGCAUCGGUUGAGCAGCAAGUUCUAAGUAGUGGCAAACGGCUUGUUUUAUUGCUGAACAAGAUUGACCUUGUUCCAAGAGAUAAUGUAGCAAAAUGGCUUACCUACCUUCGCACACAGUUACCCACAAUUGCUUUCAAAGCCAGCACACAGGAGCAGAAUACCAACAUUGUGAGUUGUUUGUGUUUGGUUAUAGUCGGAGUAUAUGCUUUGAUACAAUCAAGUAUUGUUUAUCUACAUAGUCGAUUCAGCAGCUCAAAUCUAAACAAUUCUUCUUCUGCCAAAUGCAUAGGGGCCGACCUCGUAAUGAAGCUAUUAGGAAAUUACUGUCGUAAUAAGGAUAUCAAGACAAGCAUUCGUGUUGGAAUUGUCGGUUUCCCUAAUGUUGGUAAAAGUAGCGUUAUAAACAGUUUGAAACGAAGACGAGCUUGCAAU